AUUCAGCCUCGACAGUUUUGCGGCCUGAUACAGAGGGUUUGCGAUGUAAAUGGACGCCUGGUGUUCUUUUACAAUUUAUGAUGACUGAUGAACAUGAAAUUUCGCAGUAUGUUUUGGACCACAUUGGUCCUUUUCGGACUGAUCUCUAAUGUUAGAGGUCAAAUCCAGCAGGUCGGCACAUCUCGUCAGACCAGAUUUUUCUUGACGAGCUCACAGGACUGCAAUGGAAACAUUCCUCGUGAGAUUGGGAAAUCGACGGUUGAAGUCUAUGGUAUCUCAACAGAAGUACAAUCAGCUCCAGUGACAUCAUGCAGAAUUUCCCUUCGUGCCCAAGACCAGCGUGAACCCCAUAGACUCAAGUUGCACAUCAUGGCUGCACAGAUGAAUGAAGACCUUACAAAUCUUUACAUCUACGAUGGACAGGCGGGAGGGGGUAGACUGGCAUCCUUCAGCAAGUUCAACCCUAAGCCCCAGAACAUGGACUUCCUCUUUACCACGGGGGAGAUGGUCACAUUUGUGUUCAGCCGUGGUGACAAUGAGCAACAGUUUGACAUCAAUAUUGUUGUCACACCUGUGCCAUCUGACGUAACCCAGUGCACAUAUGAAAAUGAGGACUUAUGUGGAGAAUAUGGGUACAACUAUCGACUUCUCGGCACAAAGGAGAUCGCCGGAAUUGUUGCUGGAGGUUUCGCGCUGGUAGUUCUUGUUGUCAUCAUCAUCGUAGUGUGCUGUUACCGAAAACAACGAGGAAUCAAUCACAAGUGGCAGGAGGAAAAAAUAGGUCACGUGAAUACUGCUGCAAGUUUGCAUACUCUUAAUGGUCGCACUGCUAGUACCUCAAAACCGUGGACAACUACUGAAAGCGCUCGCAAUGGGUUUGCGAGUAUUCGUAGAUCUCCGAAUCUUCCAAGAGCUAAAAUUGCUCGCUCUAGGAAUGCCUUCGAAGGAAGCAACAGCUCCGUAACUGAUAGCAAUGCCAGUUUGCCAUCAAAACGUCCCCUUCCACCACCUCAUGUGAACUCACAUCGCGGAAUGUCUGAAAGGAGCUAUAAUCCACGCUCAGAAAGAACCUACAAUCCGAGAUCUGAACGCAGCUAUGGUCGCAGCAAACAUAGUGAAAAGUUUGAUGACAGUUAUUCUGACAGGUCUUUAACAACAACAGAUCGGAAUUACAGUGAGAAAAACUACAAGCCUCCGACAUAUCGUGAGGCGUUGAGAUAUGACUCUGAAUCAUCUGCGGAUGAGCAUACUUUUGUGCAAGCUGAUGAAACAGUGGAAAAUCAGCAGAAAGUGUUUGUGGAGAGAGUUAUAACUCCUCGCGUAAAGAGGAAGGAGGAACCCGCCAAAGUUCAUAACAAGGUCAUUCAGGCCUCUCCGAAACUAGGGCGUGCCCCACCCCCUCCUGAAGAAGAUGAGGAAUAUGAUUCCAUUGAACCAAAGAAGUUUCAAAAGAAAGCGCUAAUUGAUAAAGGUGUUGAUCCGGAAUCAGAAGAAGAGACUGAAGAAUCUGAUACAGAAAAUGAAUCAGAAUCCGAAGAAGAAAGUGAAGAAGAGUCAGAAGAAUCUGAGGAAGAGCAUGUAGCUAAAGCUAAAUCUGACAAACCUGACUAUGUAUAUUCCAAGCCAGACAAAUCCCAGGGCAAAAGUGAUAAAGAUCAUAAGGAAAGCAAUAACAAACCUGAGCCCCAGGUUGGAUUUCGACCACCUAAUCAAGGCCCCCCUCCACCCAACCAAUUUCCUAGUGGGCCCACUUAUCCAACAGGGAUGGUUCCCCCCGGGCUGAGGCAGCCACAGCCCCAAUACCCUGGCUACCCUCCCCCACCCAUGGGUCAACCCCAGCCUUACCCUCAGGGUUACCCACAAGGUCAAGGUCAACCAUAUUUUCCACCCCAUCAGCAACCCCAAGGUUACAUUCCACCAUCAAAACCCCCUCAACAGCCAAAUUCAUACAAUCAGGCAAACUUCACUGUUCCUUUGCAACCCUCGCAGAAUCAACAGCGACCACAAUACCCAAUCUCACAACCGCCUUCCCAACAGGGUUAUAAUAAAACUAAUGAUAGACAUAUAAGUACAAACGCCGCAGGUCAAAUUCCGGUGUAUUCGUAUCUCGUGAAUCGUGGCUACCAGCCAAUGGAAGGGAGGCAUUCUCCCAUGAGUAAUUCAACAGGGGCGAGUAAUUUGUCAGGUGAUAGAAACAUUACAAGCGAGGACUCGGACUAUGCUGCAAACUUAGGAAGUGGUGUGGAGUUACUGAGAAGAAAAUAAAUUAAGUAGUUUUGUCAUUUAUUUUGAACUUUGCUUUCUUUGUUUAUGUCUGCGAUGUUUUUUUAUACCAAAACAUAUCAUUUUUAGAAAUUUUGUUUGUUUACAUAUCAUUUUGAUUUCGAAAAUAUGACAUUGGCAUAGAUUAUUUCUAAUGUUAAUGUGCUGUUUGUUUAUAUUUUCUUUCACAUUAAUCAUUUUUUGCAUUUCGUGCAAACUUAACCUAUGAUAAAAAGCAGUCUUCAAAAUAACCUACUUACAGGGAAGCCGGGACUAGUAAAAUUUCUCAUGGGCAAGAAUUGUUUUCAAUCAUGUCUGCAAUAACAGGCAAGUAAGGUUUCAGAUCCAGUUGAAAUUAUUUCUAGCAUUUCUGUAAAGCUGUCACAAAUUUAAAUGAUGUCAUAAGUACUUUGACUGGUUUAUCAUUGAUGUAAGUUUUUCAUGUGGACACUUAUACAAAUUAACAUGUUUUUUUUCAAGAACAAUCUGACCAUUAAUAUCUGGUUUUUGUUCUUUACAUUUUUACCCUUAAUGUAAACAAAGCACAUGUACAUUAAUUAACCCGAUGUUUUUCUUCGCUACGUCAAAUGGGACUAGCCGGUUAUGGAAAUCCAGAAAUUCAGGGAAACGACCGUGCUUGAUAAAAUAUUAGGGCAAGUUUAACAGGUUUUGGACAAGUACAUUUUAUAAGCUCCUUGCCCGUUUGGCCAAGUUCAGCAAAAUAAUUAUACAUAAAACUGUUAAGGUUUACACUGUACAAUGACUUAUAUAUCAAUUUAACUGAAAAAUUAUGUGAAAGUUAAUAUUUGUUGACUUAAGGGAGUAAAUUAUAUGAUAUAAUUUAUUGCACUAGGUUUCUACAAGAGCUUGGAGCACACAAUAUAAAUGGCAUGAUCUUGUUCAGUCCCUCUGAUUUAUAAUCUAAAUGUUUCAAGAGUUUUAUGCAUAGAUUGUCAAGUGCUAUACACGAGUUUUAGAUAAGGUGUUUUAUGUUUGGUUGACAAAUUUCAAAUAUUUUUAAAUGCAAAAACUGUUUGUGUAUUUUCAUUUAUUAAAGUGAUUUAUUUUCAUUUUUUGAUUAUAUGUUUUUCAUUUUACUUUAUUUUACCUAUGGCCACACACAUUGCAUGCAUGAAAUAUUAAUAAAAUUCUCAUUUAAGAAAAGUAUAAUAUUGUACAAUAAUAUGUUUGUUAAAGAAAGUUUUUGUUUAAGGUUUUUUACUACUACAGGUAUUUUAUGCAGAAAAAUCUUUAUCGAUAAACCCAGUGCCUGAUUCUUUUUGAAAACUAUCUAAAAUAAUCCACUAAACAGGUACCCAGUUUUAAUACAAAGUUGUUUGGUUGCAAGUAACUUUAAUACAUCACUGGUUCUUUUAAAAAGUAUUUACAUGGAUUUGUACUUGAUAUUUAUUUUAUAUGGUUCAAACCUUAUCAUUGAUUAGGAAUUUACAUUUCAUUUUUUUUUCAACCAUAAAUUACAAAACUUUGGAAAACCUUAAUAAGAACAUGAAAGAUAAUUGUGUAUCAUGUAAUCUCUUAUACCUAACUAACUGUGUGAUCAAAGCAAAGUGUAUAUACUUUUUCACAUUCCUUAUUUUGUAAAUAAAUAUUCUUCUUUAAGAGCCAUAUUAUGUGGUAUGUAUUUAACAUUUUAUGUAUACACCCUGUACCUGCAAUAUUUAAUGGUAUUUCUAAUAAAAUUAGAAGUAGCAUGA